AUGAAGCUCACUCUUGUUACCCUCUCCGCUGUCGUGGCGUCCACUACCACCGCAUCUCCUCUGGUCCUCGAACCCCGCCAACAAUGCAGUACAUCGUGGAGCUACCCCUACACUGGCCGUGCACCUCCUGGCAACUACAAAGCGUUCAACUUAGCUAGCUGCACCGCACAACUCAGCUUCAACAAAGACCAAUACGUCGGCGUCCAAUGGGCCUUUGAAGCCACCUACGCCGACGGCAGCCGUGCAGAACUCAAGCCCUUCCGCGAAUUCAACAGCUUCGGCGUCAGCGAUACCUUCUACCCUUACCUAGGAAACAACUUCCUCACCCGGUACCCGGGGAACUCGGCGUUCACGGCUGUGCAUGAGUUUAGUAAUGUGUGCAAGAACGGACAGGCGCCGGUCUCGUGGCGGUUCUACACAACAUCAGGGACAGCGAAUGGCUGCUACACAACGGGUCAGAUCCGUGCUGUUGGUGGGGCCUCGCGUCCGGCCAAGGUCACAGGCGUUUCUUUGCGGAGGAGCAACGAUGCUGGGGAUUUCGAGGUUACCUGGUCGCCGGUGUCCAGAGCAGCUGCGUACUCAGUGAUUGUGCAGUACCCAACCGGUACAGAUGAAGUUGGGAAUCCAUAUACGAAUGUGAGGGGUGCACGUGUGCAGGGAAGUUGGACGAGCGUCGCGACGACUACGCGCAGGCAGGAUCCGAGGCCCAAGCGCCAGGGUCGCGCGACAACGAAUGCCAUCUCCACACGGCUCCGCAUUGUCAUCGCAUCAUGCACGCCGGCUGCCCUCGAUUGCCUCGCUGUAUAUUACCUCUGCUUGUGCUUCUGCCUGGCUGAAUACUUUGUGCCUGUUGUCGAGGCACUCUCACGCGCUACCUUGAUCAAUGCGCCGCUCCCCUCUUAUGGGGGCGCGACAUCCACGCUCAUAAUGGCAGACUCGGUUGACCGAGUAUUUAGCCAUGCGCUCAACACAGUGAACAAGAUACGGACGGGGUCGCAGAAACCACCCUCUGCGACCAGGUUACGCCUGUAUGGAUUGUACAAGCAAGCCAUGGAGGGCGACGUCGACGGCAUCAUGGAGUGUCCGAGAGGGAGCGACGAGCAGUCGCAACGAGCGCGGGAGAAAUGGGACGCUUGGAAACAGCAAAACGGCCUCUCCCGCACUGAAGCAAAACGCCGCUACAUCACCACCCUCAUCGACACCAUGCACAAAUACGCCUCGCCCUCGCCCGACUCCCGCGAACUAGUUGCCGAGCUCGAGUUUGUCUGGGACCAAGUCAAGUCAAACGUACCUUCCUCAUCGUCCUCGUCGCCCCUGCGCACCGCCGACCACAUAACCCCCGGAUACACUUCACAGCACGAGCUCGGCCAAAGCGGACGGGCAGCCAUGGAUACCAGCGCCGACAUGGACCAAGACACGCCCGGCCAGAUGCGAGGCCAGGAACAGCGCGACAUACCCCUGCGCGUCAAAUCGCCCAUGUCGCAAUCCGAAGAAGAGCUCGAGGAAGAAGAAGCGGAAAUCGACCGCGGCGAAGUCUUUGUUGAUGCCCCAGACAGCCAAUACAAUCCUACAUCCUACCCGGACGAUGACCAGCCCGAACUAGAAGACGCAGGUGUCCAGACCGAUCUCCAGCAAUUGAUACGAGCGGAACCCAUACCCAUACAAACACCCACGCCCGCCCCACGAAAUAGAGGCAUGGGCGUGCUGGGGAAACCAAUACAGAUGAACAUACCGGGUCUCGGCGGAACACCAGCCGCCGGGAACGCCGUCGACGCAGCAGCAUCAAAAGAAUCUCCCAAGGAAUCCGCCGCAGACCAGAAGUGGAGAAAGCGCGUGGAGCAGUCGUUGAUGAAAAUGACGGCCGAAGUUGCAGCACUACGUGAACAGCUUGAGGCGAGGAGGUUGUUCGCUCAUUCGGCGCAUUAUCGCCUGUUCAGAGGGAUAUGGAGGUGGGUGUGGGCUUGUCUCAAGCACGUGGCUGUUGAUGUGUUUAUAUUGGGUAUUGUGCUGCUCUGGAUGCGGAGGAAGAAGGAUAGGAGGUUGGAAGGCGCGAUAAGGGUUCUGCUGGGAGAUGCGGUGGCGCAGAUGCAAAGGGGUGGGGGAGCCGUGUUUGGCAGGGUUAGGAUACCACUGCUACGAGGGGGCGGCAGGAAGCCAGUCACGGCGUCGUGA